AAAUUCCACAAGUUACAUCAUCAGAUGGCCCUCAUGAGAUAACAGUUUGAGCUGAGAUAUUUAACAAGGGAUUAGUAAAUCAGUAGUUGAUUUGUGAACAUUAUUUUAUUCACAAAAAUUGCCUUCACGUGCGCUAUCAUUUAAUGGAUUAGAAAAUGGAUGAAAGAAACCAGAGGAUUUGAUGAGUCUGCCGGCUACCAGAUUCUAGUGCUUGGAGUGGAACUGUUUAUUUCUGAAGCUGACGCUCUAAGCUGCACCACCUAUUUGAUGCACGGCUCUACUGCUUCAACACGAGGCAAGGGUUUCUUUCAUUCAUUGACUGACUGAAAUGUUUUCAGUUACAGUUCUUGAUAAGGACAAGUGGGACAACUUUUCGCCAACAAAAACAAAUGGUUUUAUAAUUAGCAUCAAGGCGUGUUCCGUUAUGUAACUGUAAGCAUCAAGGUGUGUUCCGUUAUGUAACUGUAAGCAUCAGGGUGUGAUCAUUCGACACAGCAGGAUUUAGUGCUGGACCGUCCCACACACGUCCCACACACGUCCCACACACGUCCCACACACGUCCCACACACGUCCCACACACGUCCCACACACGUCCCACACACAGCCCACACACAGCCCACACACGUCCCACACACCAUGUCAAGCGGCUAAAAAUAAAGAUGUGUUCUGUCAGCCCAGCACGUGCCAACGAGUGAGCAAAUCAAUCGAUCGCAGUCUAAGUGCUCACCUGUGCCAGACUAAGCAGGGCAGCAGACGUCAAGAUGGAACUGGUCCAAGAGGAGGACGAGGAACCUGAAGUUAAACCAAACCGGAAGCGGGUCAACUUUAGGAAAGAGAUGCUGCGCUAUCAGAGCCUGAGAAACCACAUCAACGAGUCCCAGUUUCUGGCCGCUGAGGAGGACGAUCUAGAGGACAAGGACACAAACAUCUGGAGAAAUUUCGUCUCACAGUGCUCGGCGACUUUCUUGGCUGUCUUUGCUGUCAUUCCGUCCAGGAACCUCCAGACCAGCAUCCACGCCCCGCGCCAACUGGGCAAGAUCUCGCUCGUCUGCAUGUACGUCUGCUACAUCGUCGGCUGUCUCUUCACGGCCUUCAUCCUCCGCAAGGUUAAGGCCAAGACCCUCCUCCUUGCCUCGCUGUUCUUCCACAUCCUCUACUCCGUGUCCAACGUCAUCCCGUCUGCCUACACCCUCCUCCCCUCCUCCUGCCUGGUCGGCCUGUGCCAGCCCGCCUUUUGGGCCGUGCAGGACAUGCUCCUGCUCAACUACGGCCUCAAGUACUCAGCCAGCACGCGCAUGACGCCGCAGAAGUCCCUGCGCCUCUUCCAGACGGUGACCAUCAUCACGAUCCACUCGGCUCAGAUCCUGGGCAACCUGCUGAGUUCAGGGCUCAUCUCGGUCUCCCAGUUCCACUGCAGCGAGGACUGGAUGAUGCUCAACACCAGCCGGCUGCCGGACAGCCACCCGGACCGGUUCAUGCGGGCCGACAAAUGGACGUACACCCUCCCCUUCAUCCCCAUUCAGGCGCGACGCUCCACCGAGGCGUCCCCGCCCGUCAACUUCUACCAGCUGCUCACCCUCAUCUACCUGUGCAUGAGCGUGGUUGCCAUGGGAGCCGUGCUCAUCUUCUUUGAGAGCCCGGACACCGUGCUCCAGCGUCGCGUGCUGUCGUGGAGGGAGCGGGUCAAGGAGAUCGGGCAGUGCUGCACCGACCCUCGCUGGCUGCUGGCAUGGUUCUCUGCCGCUUAUGUCGGCUUCGCGCAGGGCGUCAUUAUGUGCGACAUUACCAAGCUGUAUGGCACCGACACACUUGGCUGUUUUAUCGUGGGAUACAUGAUGGUGUCGUUUGGUACCGGAAACUUGGUCGCCAUCUUGGCCAUGGACAAACUCAAGCCCUGCUCGUCACAUCCGCUUUUCUUGUCUCUAGGUUUUCUAAUGAACAUCGGCGUUCUCAUCCUGACGUCGCUAUGGAAACCGACGAGCAGUGAGUCAUCGGAGUUGUUGCUGUACACGGCCUUCUGGGGACUAGCAGAUGGCACGCUACAGGCUCAGUCACAGGCCAUCGUGACGAGGUACGCCCGUGAGGAGAAGGACACGGCCAUGACGGGGUUCAGGGUUUGCCAGGGUUUAGGGCUCAUCGCCAGCUUCUUCACCUCUAUCUUCACACAGAAUCUGAUGACGUCAUUGUACGCUGCCCUUGUGCUCCACGUCAUUGGUUUCCUUGGCCUCAUUCUCGUGGCCAACGAAGUGGCCAACCGGGACAGACACGGAAGUGACGUCACUGACGAGUCACACGCCAACAGCGAGAUUAACCCCAACAUGGCGGAGGCCGGAAUCGAUAACGAGGCUGAAGUCACGUGACAUAUAUCAAAACACAAAUUCAUUUUUUGACGGAAGACAAUCUCCUUAAUUCAACAUCAGACCAGCAUCACGU